CGAACAAUGACUUGAACCUAAUAAUUUGAACACGUAGUAUGCUUCUAUCCUGAACAGGUGCCACGAAACCCAAUCGCCAAUAGCUGACUCGAAAAUGUACAUGAAAAGAGAGUUCAAAGGUGAAGAUGGGGCAGGGGAACCACUUGAAGGGGAAGAUUGGGAAGACGUCCCAGACAAGGACAUUAGCCCAGAGCGGUUCGACGAUUUCGACUCUCCAAGUACAACGAGCACUUUUACAGAUGCCUCGAAGCCGAGGCGUCGUGCGGGCUCGAAACCCGUCUUUGCCGCUGAGACCCCUCGGCGUAAUCGCGCAGCACCUCUACGGUCAAAGCGCAAGAAAAGUCCCAUCGUGGACAAAGAAUACAUCAUAGACAAAGAGAGCAUUAUUGACAAAGAGCAGAUCAAAGAAGCGUUGACCACUAGUGCCCACCACUCAAGCAUUUAUAUUCUCGACGUUUUCCUUCGAGCAGUGCGACUUAUGCGCAUACCAUUGUCAAUCAUGCUCUUCCUUUGGAUGUUGGCAUUUGCGAUGAUACGCCUUUCGGGUGCGUUGCGCACAGCGUUUUCCCCGAUGUGUUACCUUCCUGUGGUAUCGAGGUCGGCGCUGUGUGCUCCGCUGGAUCCGCAAAUUACCAAAUGGGCGGAUUUUCCGCAUCUUAUGGAAACCCAGGGCUCUACUUUUGAGAAGCUUUUGGAGGGGUCUGUCGGAGGAUCUGGACUCUCGAUUGAAAUUCGGAAGGCUGAAUUCGCCACUGCGGAUCUCGCAACCCUCGUACGAUAUAGCGACCUCAAGUCUAAUGACACCCUAGCUGAUCUCCUGACAACUUUCGUGAAAGAUGCCAAGAAUACCGCUAGGGGUCUCACAAAGCUUAGUUCGAGAAUCGGUGGCGCUGUGGACAACGUCAUGGCAGUGAACGGGUAUGCGAUGCGCACCAUACAAGAGGCGGAGAAAAACGCGCCGUCACCGUAUUCACUCAUGGCUUUGAUCCCGUUCCAUACGGGACCCACGACACAGGAGGUGAUAGUCGACACAUUCACGACUGCGAUGGAUACCUUUUCUGUAGCAAUCCAGCGACUUAUUCUGGAAGCGGAGAUAUCCCUGCACAACUUGGAUGUACUUGAGGAAGAUCUUUCCGCUGUACGCGAAGUUGUGAUGCGCGAGGACAUUGACGUCACAGCUGAGAAAUCCGAGCUUUUGGGAGCGCUGUGGACGAUGCUGGGCGGGAACAAACGCGCACUACGGGAUACUGACAGACGUCUUAAUUUACUUCAAGACCUUGGUGACUAUCGGAAACAAGCGCAAGCGCAUGUUGUUGCCGCACUCCAGACACUCAACUCGAUGAGUGAGGACAUGGAGGAUUUACGAGAGAGGGUAGCGGCUCCUGAAUUGGUUGAUGGGCGCAUCCCACUCCACGUGCAUAUCGAGAGCAUUCAGAGCGGACUUCAAAGGCUACAGGAGGGCCGGGUGAGAGCAAAAGAGAGGGAAGAAGAGGUGAUGAGAAAAGUGUUGGGGCUCGGCACCGAUUGAGUCGAGAAACGUGUCAUAUGGUGGAACUUGCUUCGAUUGUGCUUAGG